UUUCUCCUCAAUUAAAGUAAUGUUUUCUCCUUUUUAAUCAACAACAACAACAACAAUUGUUAAUCCAAAUAGAGAGAAUUUGUUAAUCUAUGUUGUUACUUUUAUUUCAACCAGUUGAAUCUCCUUGAUUGUGAAUCUUGUUUAUUGACAACUUCCAUCAAUCAGUCAAACCUAACAAAUCUUUUUCUCAUCAAUUUUCUUUUUCUAUAGUGAUUAAAUUAAUUGUUACUACAAUUAAGUGUCCUUACAAGGUUUAAUCAAUAUUUACAAUUAUUGUCAAUUGUGACAAUAACAGAAACACCAGUUAACACUUAAUCCAAUCAUCUUGUAACCAGUUGAUUGUUACAACAAUCAACAGUGAAAGGAGUACAACCCACACCAAAAGUGAAACAAUUUAAAUUGAGUGAACGCGACGGAUUAACACUUGAAACAAUUUAAACAACAAUUAAAUUGUUUUAAUGUUUUACAUUUGGUAAAAUUGAUUAAAUCAACUGAUCAACACAAUCACCAUGAUAAAAGACAGAUUAUCAGCCCUUAAAGCGGCAAUCACCGAAGAUGAUGAAGUUGUUGUUGGUGUUGAAGUUUCAACUGAUCAUAUGGAACAAUUUUUCCAAGAGGUUGAAGAGAUUCGUGAAAAUAUUGACAAAAUGCAAUCAAAUGUAGAGGAAGUUAAAAAAAUCCAUUCUGCAAUACUCUCAGCCCCACAAACCGAUGAAAGGGCAAAGCAACAAUUAGAAGAUCUUAUGGCUGAUAUAAAGAAAACAGCUAAUCGAGUUCGUGGAAAACUGAAAUCUAUGGAACAAUGUAUUGAACAAUUGGAACAAUCUAAUAUAAUGUCAGCUGAUUUCCGGAUCAGGAAGACUCAACAUUCAAUGUUAUCUCAAAAGUUUGUUGCUGUAAUGACAGAUUAUAACAAAACUCAGACAGAUUAUCGUGAAAGAUGUAAAGCAAGAAUUCAAAGACAAUUAGAAAUAACCGGUAAAUCAACAACCAAUGAAGAACUGGAAGAAAUGCUCGAAAGCGGCAAUCCGGCCAUUUUCACGCAAGGUAUCAUGACGGAUACUCAACAAGCACGACAAACUUUAGCCGAUAUUGAAGCUCGUCACGCUGAUAUUAUCAAAUUAGAAAAUAGUAUAAGAGAGUUGCAUGAUAUGUUCAUGGAUAUGGCCAUGCUGGUAGAAAGUCAGGGUGAAAUGAUUGACCGGAUAGAGUAUCAUGUUGAACAUGCUCGAGAAUAUAUUGAAACAGCCAAACAAGACACCAAAAAAGCCCGUGAAUAUCAGUCCAAGGCUCGAAGAAAACAGAUUAUGAUCUUAAUAUGUUUGAUAAUAUUGGUUAUUGUUCUGAUCGGAAUAUUUUCAUCAAUGUUUUAAAUUGUGCAAGGAAAAACUUUGAAAAUUCACCAAUCAUCUUAUUAUUAUCAUCAAGAUUCUAGAUGAAUUGAGUUUCACUUGGUUAAUUUAAAGGUAGUCAAGCAAUUUGGUAACAAUCAAAUGAAAGUUGACAAAGUAAAUAUAAUUUAUUUUGACAAUCAAAAGUCAACUAAGUGAUGAUGAUGAGAUUUUGUUGAGCUUCAAAUUGAGAUGAAAUUAUGAUGAAAAAAGUAUUUCAAAUCUGAUGAUAAUCAAGUAAACAAGGAUCCAUUAAAUGAACGCCAUAGUAUCUUUCAAAUUAAGUCAUCGUCAUGAUUUUCAUCAUCAUCUUCAUCAUCUUCAUCAUCUUCAUCACCUUCAUCAUCGCCUUUACCCUAGUCAUUUACAGUUAACCUGUUGUUGGUUGUGUCCAGUAAUCAUUAUAAUUUAAUUCAUCAUAAUAUCCUACUUCUUAUACUAAUUAUUUUGAUUACUAAAUGUACAAUUACAAUAUCAUCUCCAAAGGACUAACAUAUCAUCAAGUGACCAAUGAUAAUCAACGAUGACCAUCCCUGGAGUUUUUUUUAAUCUCACCUCCAAUUGACCAAAAUACAAAAUCGGACCAUAAGAAAAUAUCAUUUGAAUAUAUUGAGAUAGUUAAUUUAAAUUGACACCAGUGAUUCAAAUUGGACCAUGAUAAUGUUUCCCUUCAUGAUUAGAUGAAAUCAGAAUUGCUUUAAAUUGCAAUAGUCUUAAUUACUGUUAUCAUUAUGUAUUAAUAUGUACAUUUAUGCAUUUAAUUGCUAAUUUAUAUUUAUUUUAAUUUCUCUCGUUGUUUUUUUUGUCUAAUAGUAAAUAUUACUAAUCAGAUUAACUCAAUCAUUGAUUUGGAUUCAGUUGAUUUAUUAAUAUUAUCACAAGAAUAUUGAAAAUUUGUUUGAAAACUUUACCAACAAUCAACUAACUGUCAUGAAGUUUUCUCAUUUAAAUGGUCAACAAUUUAAACUUAAUCCAAUCUGAUCAGUUAGUUAAGCUUAUUAACUUUUAUGAAAUCUCAGCAAUGAGAGGAGAAAGUUAAUCAUCAAAUUAAAUCUGAAUCAACAAUCAACUGAAUGGAAAAUAAAUUGUUCUGAUUGUAUUUAAACUUGGAAAAGCAUCUGAAAUGAUAACAAUAAAUUGUUACUGAUAA